UGACGCUGUUGGCAUGUUAUGACAGGGGGGCACUCGAGUGAUGUGGCCAAAUAAACCAGAAAUUGCCCUGACAGUAACUAGCAAUGAGCGCGUUUAAGCUCGCAUUUUACCUGGCGCUGCUGUGGGCGGGCAGCCCCGCGCUGGCCGCCCUCUCGGACAAGCGGCUGUGCAUCGACCCGCAGUGCUCAGAGCUGAUCGCCGAGGGCAAGACGCGGCUCCGCUACAACGGCAUCGCGCCCGGGAUGCUCUCCUUUGCCCGCGACGAGCCCGUCCUGAUCUACAGCUUUGGGGGCGGCAGCCGCCCCGAGCUGAUCGGCGUCGAGAUCGGGGGGCGGCGCGGCUUUGUCAACGCGGACCAUGUGGUGGAGACGCGCCGCCUCAAGAGCCCCAAGCUGCUGGUCGAUGUGGAGGCUCCGCCCCUGCCCACCACCACGCAGUCUGCCUUCGAGAUCGUCGAUGGCACCCGCAUCCCAUUGGACCUGCAGGAGUUCACCACGGAGGCGCCCGUUGGGGGCCCCUUUCAGCCCACUGAGCCUCUCGAGCAGCCAGUGGAGGCCGAGGAAGAGGACGACGAUGAGGAGGAUGGGGAUGAGGACGAGGAGGAGCCGGUUGCGCAAGCACCCCCGGCUGGAAUGGAGGAGAGUGCAGAGCGCCAUUUGCCCCCAGCUGAGGAGGCUCCUCGGGAGCCUCCGAUGCAAACCGUCAACGAUUCAAGCGCCGCAAUUGAGGAGCCUCCACCGGCACCAGUUGAGCUCAAUCAAGUGCCUCCACCGGAUCCCCUAAAUGCUUCCCCAGAGUCAGUUGAGGAAGCCUCUCUUGUCAGUCAAGUGCCUCCUACACCGGAGCCAGUCAAAUCUUCCCCGGAGUCAAAUGAAGAAUCUCCCCUUGUCAGUCAAGAGCCUCCUCCACCGGAGCCCCACAAAUCUUCCCCAGAGUCAAUUGAGGAAGCCCCUCCUGUCAGUCAAGAGCCUCCACCGGAGCCCGUAAAUGCUUCCCCAGAGUCAGUUGAGGAAGCCCCUCUUGUCAAGAAAGUGCCUCCUACACCGGAGUCAAAUGAAGAAUCUCCCCUUGUCAGUCAAGUGCCUCCUCCACCGGAGCCUAUCAAUGCUUCCCCAGAGUCAAUUGAGGGAGCCCCUCUUGUCAAUGAAGUGCAUCCUCCAGAGCCUCCACCGGAGCCCCUCAAAUCGCCAUCAGAGUCUACUGAGGGAGCCUCUGUUGAACCCCCUGAGGACGACGUCAAUCAGCAAGUUCCUCCUCCGGAGCCUCCAGCGGAACCCUUCAAUUCCUCCGCUUCGGAGUUAACUGGGGAACGUUCCCUUGAACCUGUGGAGGAACGGAUCGAUCAAGCGCCGCCUGCCUCCGAGACGCUGGAGCAAACUGUCACCGCUCAUCCAGAAGAACCCGUCAAUGUCACUGUCAGUGAAAGCCCCGAGCUGACGCUCAAUGCAAGCGCGAGUGUUCUUGGGGGCGCUGCGGCGCCCCCAGGGGAGGCGACGGCCCCAAGCGAGGCGGCCGGAUGGCUAUUGAAGCGCCUGGGGCGCCCUGCCGACGAGGAGACGUGCGCCCGAGGCAACGAGACGCAGCAGCUGGACCUGCUGGGCGCCUUCACCACCGACAUGUUCCUCUACUUGUCGACCACGGCGCUGGCCGUUCUGGUGCUGAUUUUCGUGUGGGUGCUGCUGGAUAAGUGGCGCAGGGCUGCGCCCCUGAUAGCGCGCAUCAACGGGCUGGAGCAGCAGCUGCUGGCCACCAGCAAGGAGAAUGAGGCGCUGCAGUCGGAGCCGGCGGCGCAGCCUGUGGCGCAGCCCGACGAUGGGCGGCUGGCGCAGCUCAACGAGGAGAAGCUGCAGCUGCAGGCGCAGGUGCAGGCACUGGAGAAGGAGCUGGACGACUCGACGGAGAUGGGGAUAGAGCUGAAUCGCAUCAUCGGAGAGAUGCUGCAGUCGUCGGACGGCAGCGACAUUCUGAAGGAGAACAUCGAGCAGAUGCAGAAGCGGCUGCAGCAGCAGCAGGAGCUGAUCGGCGGCCUGCAAGAGGGCCACGCGCUGAAGGAGGCGCAGCUGCAGGCCGCCCAGGAGCAACUGGAGCUGGUGCGGCUGGAGCUGGGGGCGCAGCAAGCUGCGGCCGAGCGCCAGCUGCAACUGCAGCAGGAUCUGUCGGCGCAGCAACAGAAGACAGCCGAGCUAGAGCGCGAGCUGCGCACGAAAACGAUGCAGUAUGACGCGCUGAAGCUGAGCGUCAAGGAUCCGCAGCAGGUCGAGGGCAGCGAAGCUCGCGCCCAGCUGCAGCAGCUGCAGGCCGACAAUCGCCGCUGCGCCGAGCAGCUGAAAGAGGCGCGCGAGGCGCACCGCGACUGCCCUGCGCAGCUGCAGGCGCUAGCGGCGCAGCUGCAACAGCUGCGCGCCCACUACGAGCAGACCGAGCGCGAGAAGGUGGAGAGCUGCACCAAGCUGACCGUGCUCACCAGCUACUUCAAGGAGAAGGAGGAGCGCAUGCUCAAGGAAAUCAGUCACUACGAGGCGCUGUGGUCGGCCAAGGAGGGCGAGGCGACGACAACGUCGCAGCUGAGCCGCCACCUGCAGGAGGAGCUGCAGAACUACAAGGCGCAGAACGACAGCUUGAAGCAGGAGAUCGUCAGCCAGGAGGUGGCGCUCAAGAGCCAGAUCUCGCUGCUGGAGAAGCAGGCGCAUGAGCGUUGGGUGGCCAGCCGCCAGGCGGAGCGCAAGCUGGAGGAGGCGCGGCAGGAGGCCGCCCUUUUGCGCAACCGCCUCACCCUCACGGAGCGCAGCCAACUCAGAGUGCAGUCGCCGUUGCUGCAGAACGGGGAGCUGGCGCUCUCGCCGGACCCCGCCCAGUCGCCGCCGCCCCCACUGGCGUUCCUGCCGCCGCCGCUGGGCGGCCGCCCCUUCAUGCUCCCGCCGCCGGCCGACAUGGGGCUGCCGCCCCCCUUUAUACCGGGCAUGUUCCCGGGCGACCACCGGCCGCCGCCGCUCGGCCGGAUGAGCUCGCCGCCCCCGGCAGGCGGCCGCUACAGCCCCGAGUCGACCGUCUACUCGGAGUACGAGCGCUACGAUCGACGCAGCCCCUCGCCCCCCUACGACUCUGAGUAUGGGGCGUCGCCCCCACUGCGCAGCUACAGCCCCUACGAGCGGGAGUACCGGCGCAGCAAUGGGCGCCACCUGAAAGGCGCCCCCAGCUCGGGGUCCGACAACGAGGCGCAGGGGCGCGCUGGGCGCAAGCCCCACCGGAAGGUCUAGCGCGGGGGCUGAGCCCCCGCGCGCGGGCUGUGCCGACGAAGCCAAAGCGCCAUUUGCACUCGACGGGCAGAUUGGCGGACCACCCUGUAUAAUGCGGUUUCUUGUUGUAUAAAGUGUACAGGGCGAUGAUGUUGCAAUACAUUUACUUAUGGAAA